GAUGCUGUUUCUGAAGAAAAAGCAGUUGUGCAUGGAAGCAGAAUUAUAGAUCUUGGACACUUCAAUAAAUAUUUUGAAAAUUGCAGCAAUUGCCACUCAGGUAAAUUUAUUACCAAUUUACUAUUAAGACUUAGGGUACAGUGAACACACAAAGAUAAAGUUUUGCUGCAAAAAUAAAAUAUUACAUAUUUUAAAAGACUAUUUUAAUCACUGAGUAAGUGUGGAAAAUAAAACCUCACAUGCUCAUGUAAUGUAGACUUUUCUACAUAUUUAACUAGAGACAUUGUCAGAUUUUUUGGUUAACCCAUUAAGCUGCAGAGCAUCCCCAUUGAUGAGUGAAAUUGUCUGGCAUUAGGCCAUGGGAAUGAAAGUCAUAGAUUUGCGUCCACCGCCCGCAUGCCUCAAAAGCUACCGCCUAAAAUUUUCAUUAUUUACAAAAAAAUUCAUUAUUUUCACAAAUAAAGCAAAACUCAAUAUUAGCAAUAAAAUUGUGUAUUGAUUACAAUAAAAUGAACAUAUUGCAGUGUGUUUGUCCUCAGUAUCCACAUUCUAUGAAAUUCCAAAUUAUAUUCACCGAAAUUGGCACACAGAUCUUCAGUACUGCAACUGCGUGAGCUCGAGAUAUAUGUAAUUCCGUGGCGUAAACGGUAAUUCGUGUUUUGAUUUACCACCCAAAAGGAUGGUAAAAAAAUAAUGAAUAAUGAAUAAUGAAAAAAACCCGCAUGUUUUUUCAAAAUUAUCCGGACGCAAAUCUAUGACUUUCAUUCCUAUGGCCUUAGACAAGUAAAAAAAUAAGUAGGGCGCACUGCGGCUCAAUGGGCUAACAGAAUAAACCAUGCCCUAGCUGAUAAAUUAUUAGCUAUAGUACUGUAUAUAUAUAACCUAUAUUCAAAUCAUUUAGGUCCCUUGCCCUUCAGUGUUUGUGAUGAACAGAGACAUGGCCUAGCCAGUACGUUUUAUAUCAGCUGUCCCUUUUGUGGUCAUUUGAACAAGGCUGAAACUUCAAAACAACACAGUUCCGGUAAUCGAGGUCCAAAGGCCUUUGACAUUAACACACAAGUAACUCUUGGUUGCCUCCAUGCUGGUAUUGGGCAAAGUCAUAUGAACAAUAUUUUAUCUUGCAUGAACAUACCUACAAUAAAUUCAAAUACUUUUAAACAUAGAGAAAGAGAAGUUGGGAAGGCUGUUGAAGCAAUCGCUAAAAAAAGUUGUGAGGAAGCAACAAAUUUAGUACGAACUGAGAUUAUGACCAAUACAGCCGAAUGCAAUGAGGAUAAUUUAGUCUCUGUCCCUUGUUCAUUUGAUAUGGGCUGGCAGAAGAGAGGAAAAGGCCACAAUUCUUUGACUGGACAAGCCGCUGUUAUGAGUUUGACAACAGGAGAAGUGUUAGACUACACAACAAGAGUAAAAGUCUGCCGUUUUUGUGAUUAUGCUAAAAGAAACAAUGCCCCUGUAAAAGCUCACGACUGUCGCAAAAAUCAUACAGACUCCUCAAAGGCAAUGGAACCUUCAGCUGCAGUAGAAUUGUUUAAUAAUGGUCCUAAAUAUAACGUAAAAUACUCAACAUAUACUGGAGACGAUGACUCCACAACAGAAGCCCACAUUCGCCAAAAAGUUGGAUACAAGGUUGAAAAACUAAGCGACAUCGUACAUACGAAAAGAUCAUUAACUACACGCCUAUAUAACUUAAAACAAAAUGUAAGAUUUCCAAACAGUUCCACAUUAUCACAAAAGGUCAUUAAUUAUUUGGUCAAAUGCUUUUCCUAUGCUAUAGCUCAAAACAAAGGCAAUCCAGAAGAAAUAAAAAAAGCAAUUGAAUGCAUUGUCCCUCAUGCUUUUGGAGACCAUACAAAGUGCAACAUUAGUUGGUGUGGAUACAAAAGCGACCUAAUCAAUUACAAACAUAAAACUCUUCCACAUGGUAAAGAUCUGUUUGGUGAAAGCCUUAAGAAAGCACUUAAUAAUCUAUUCAAUGACUACUGUACUGAAACUGUGGUUAACAAAGUUGCACCGUGUUCAAAUUCACAAAGGAAUGAAACCCUUAACAGUGUAGUUGGAUCAAAAAAUCCAAAAAUUAGGUUUUAUGGUGGUAGUGACAGCAACGAUUUCCGGGUUGCAUGUGCUGUUGCCCAAAGAAACCAACGAUAUGCUUAUGUUGACAGAACAUUGGAGGCACUCAAUAUUGAACCCGGGACAUUUUGCAAAAAUUACAACAAAAGGAUGACUACAAAAAUAAAUAAAGAUAAAGACAGAAAAUCGACCAUACAAUUUAAAAGACAACGUAUACAAAAGCACUUGAGCAGCUCGGCCCAAACUGCCAGAAAAGAAGCAAAGGAGGGUACAACCUACCAAACUGGGGUUGGAUUAAAUCUAAACACUGACACAAACUUGACUAAGACGAAUUUGGGAAAGGGCAUACCAGAGCCAGAAAUUCAAGUGAAUGAUGAAGCAAUGUCGUCAGAACAAUUUAAAGAAAUUGAGAACAUUGUGCCCCCUUAUACCCCUAGACCAAAAGUAAAAAAAAUCCAAUUUGACGAGAAUCAUAACUACAACUUUUUGGUGUUUGACACAGAAACAAAUUCAACUGGUAAGCUUGCCGAAAUAUGUCAAUUAUCAGUAUGUGACAUGUCUGGUUCACAUAUGUUUUCAGAAUAUGUAAUGCCAACACAUGACAUCGAUUUUUAUGCUUCACGAGUAAAUAAUCUUGAAAUAAGAACUAUCGAAGGGGUACGAAAACUCUUUAAAAAUGAAAUAUCAUUACCUUCCAUACCUUUUUGCGAAGCCCUAACCAAACUCGAGAGAUAUAUAUCACUGUCGAUUGACCGAGCAAAAGCCACGUCAAACAAACCCAUCGUUACUGUACUUAUUGGACACAACGUCGCCACUUUCGAUACACCAAUACUUUUGCGAAACGCUGGGGAAAGUUUUGUACAUAAUUUACAGUUGAUGGACGUUUGGUUUGCUGAUUCCCUGACAUUAUUCAAAGAGCUCGUUAAAUGUCAAUGUCCACAGUUAAUGAAUGCAGACGGUACAUUCCCAAAAGCAAAUCAAUCGUCUCUUUACGAGGCUUUGUUUGAAGAAUCGUUCAAUGCGCACGACUCCUUAGAAGACGUCCUUGCUCUUCGAAAAAUGUUAUUUUCAUCCAAGCUUGAACUGUCAAUAAGGACGAUAGUCGAUCAUUCGCAACUUGUAACAACAAACCACGCUGUCGAGGACAUGGAAUAUCUUGAUCGUCGCUACCAAAAUAUGCAAACCUUCAACGAAAUCAUGUUUAAUCCACGCACAAAUAAAGGCUUUUUGACGAAGAAUAUAACUGAGAAAAUUGCAGGUGCUGGUGUGACAUACAAGGAUCUGAACGAAGUUUAUAUUAAGUACGGCAAAGAUGGAUUAAUUGCAAUUCUGUCGAAACCGCCAUCGAAUUCAUCGCUGUCCUCGCCUAGAGUAACACGUACUAGACGAAUUUUAGCAGCAUUUGUUGAUCACUUCACCAAAAAAAUCAAAUCAUAG